AUGCCUGUCGCGCUCACUUUCGGCUCAUUCGGUGACAUUGUCUCCCUGGUUCAGCUCGCUUCCUCCGUGAUAGCGAGAUUUAUCAGCACUCAAGGGAACUUGCAGCAGUACAGCGAGGUCCUCUUAGAACUCCAUGCCUUAUUGCAGUCCCUAGAAGUGCUACAGCACGAGCUGCAGGCUCCGCGAACGGCUGGUGCGUCCUCAGUUUCCUAUGACGUGAGACGCGACAUCGAAGCGCGCAUCGCGGCCUGUCGCGUUGCACUGGAGAAGAUGGAGAGGGGCAUCAUUUGGUACCAGGUGUGCCUAAGGGAGCGCCGCCCAAGGGAGUGGAGGGAACUCUGGCGUCGUGCUGGAUAUCGCCUUUUUGCUCCAGAGGAGCUCGAGAGAUAUAAACAAGAAAUCCAGAGGCAGCAUGCAUCGAUGAACAUUGCAUUAUUGAUGCUCACUCGGCAAACUCAGGAAGCUACGCACAGCCUUGUGGUUGCGGGCCGCUCGGUGCUCCAUGAAGUUCAUGCUACCGCAGAAUCGACCAGAUGCGAUGUGAAGCUGGUUCUGAAGACCGUUCUUGAGAUGGGCAAGCCGUCACCCCAUUUCGUGGGCUAUCCAUGGGAGGGCGGACGCGGCCCCCAUCAGCGAAUGAUUCUCCUCAGAGUUCCAUUCGGGUUGGAGUUCUGGAUUCCCGAAGAAUUUUGCGAGGACUGGCAGACCGUCGUGCGGAUGAUGGAAGCCGCACUUGAAGCACCCAUAAAUUCCUUACGAGAAGCACUUAUUCCUGACGACGCCUCUGUCUUCGACAUAUUUGACUUCCAUUAUACUUGGAGUUUUGACGCCGUGACCAGGAAAGACGUUUUCGCCUUCCUCCAUCCAGGUUAUCUGUCCGACUUCUCGGCUGGACGUCGCCGGACAAGACGGUGCGGCAUAGAGGGCGAGCGCAAGCAUAAUGGGGGGUUCGAACUGUCUGAGCGCCCGUUGGAGAGCGGCACGUGGAACAUCACACAGACGGACUACUUCCAAAUGACGAUGUACUGCACCUUCAACAAAGGGAUCAUAGACCCUUCGCAUGCAUAUUUCUACUGGACUGACCAUGGGAGGGAGCUGGCGAGAAUCCCCACCGGCGGAGUCAUGAUGGACAUAAUUCUGGGAUGCUUCCCAGGCACGCUCGACACCUUGUGUGACGUGCGUGUCCACCACACGUACCGCGCAUAUGGUCCCCCAAAGGGUCCGUAUGAUCUGUAUAUCGCCUUCCCCGGUGUCGAGAAGCGGCUUUCCAAAUUCGGGCGCGUUCAUGAAUUCGGACAUUAUUACUGGAAAAAUAAAAUUGAUAUUGAUAACUAG